UUUUUUUUUUUUUUAGAUUUGAGUAUCAAAUAUGGCUAGAAAAAGACUUGGACUUACUAGGAACCGUAGGGAAAAUGUAAGAGACUCCAUCCUUAAUAGAAAAACAAAAAGUUUAUUUAAGAAAGUUGAAGAGUUUUCAAUUCUAUGCGGUGUAGAUGCUGUCAUAAUUAUUUUUAGCCCAGAAGAAAAUCAGCCCAUUGUUUGGAAAUCUACAAAUCAAGCCAAGGAGUUAUUAAUGAGGUAUUUUAGUUUUCCUACGUUUGAAAGGAUUAAGAAAUUGGUUAUUCAUGAAAUGUAUCUUUCAAAGAAAGUGGACGAAAUGAAAGAAAAAGUUGACAAAAUAGAAAAAAUGAAUGAGGAGAAAGAAAUAAAACUCCUCUUUAGGCAACUUGUAGAAGGAAAGAAUAUUACCGAAUUUGAUUCUAGAAAUAUUAAGGGUUUACUAAAAUUGUUUCCUACUACAAUGGAUAAAAUUAAAGAAAGAAAAGAACAAUUCAUUCUACAACAACAACCUUCUCAACCUCCAAAUUCUCCCUCCAAUUUCAAGCUCGCAGAAGAAAAUGUCACCCAAUCACCAUGUCCAAUGAAAGAUUUGAUCAAUGAUCAAUGGUUUGUGGAGACCAUGUCUUCUAACCAAUACUAUUUUGGCUUAGGGGGUGGAAGCUGUACCAAGUCUGCAUGAAUUAAAGACGAUGACGUCAAUGGUAAAGAUGAUGGAUAUUUCAAGGACCUAGAUCGAGAGAGAGCGUAAUACUUAAGUAGUUCUGUCAUUAUGUUUCAUGUUGCUUUUUUAUAGUGUUAAUCUUAGUUUAUUUUAUUUUUCAAUCUAUUUUAUGUUAUUGUACUUUUGUUUUCG